AUGAUAAUAAAAUUUCAAGCUACAGCUGUUAUACCCAAGUUCGUCUUUGCACACUUCUUGGUUGGCAACGCAGCAGGUCUUACACAGGAACAAUGGGAAUCAGAAAUUAAAUUGGCAAAACACUCCCUCCUCGAUGGGUUUGCUUUGAAUAUAGGCCAACAAGACACCAACACAGACCAGAUUUUGCAGAAAGCAUAUGCCGCGGCGGAUGCAGUGGGGAAUUUCUCUCUUUUCCUCUCCUUCGAUUAUCAAUCUGGUGGGCCAUGGCCUGCCAAUAAAGUGGUCCAUGCUAUCAACAAGUACAAAGCACUUCCAGCUCAAUUUUACUACUACGGAAGACCGCUCGUAUCUACUUUUGAGGGCGUUAGUAACAUUGAAGAUUGGCCCUCUAUUCGCAACAAGACUGACUGUUUUGUCAUACCGGAUUGGACGAGCUUGGGAGUGCAACUCUUUGCAGAAGUUCGGCAUAAUGUUGAUGGUUUCUUCAGCUGGGAUGCGUGGCCGGCAGGGGCUGAUGACAAGACCUUACAUAGCGACGAGGCAUGGGCGAAUGUCACCAAUGGAAAGCCUUACAUGAUGCCGGUUUCGCCGUGGUUCUAUACGAAUCUUCCGCAGUGGAACAAAAAUUGGCUAUGGAAAGGAGCGCAGCUCUGGACAUAUCGGUGGGAACAGAUAUAUCGUUUCCAGCCAGAUCUCGUUCAGGUCAUCUCGUGGAACGAUUAUGGAGAGUCGCAUUACAUCGGACCUAUUCAUGCUGAUGGCAUCCCGCAAGGAGCAGCACGAUAUGUCGAGGACAACCACCACGAUGCAUGGCGAGAGUUAUUGCCAUACUAUAUCGCAUCGUACAAACUAGGCGACAGGUCCAAGAUACGGGUAACCAAGGACACACUGGUUUACUGGUACAGGCCUAAUCCAAACAAUUCCGGCAGCAACGGGGGCACCACAGGCAACUGCCCGCAGCAAGGUCAGCAAGAAAUGGAUCCAGCUUCCCUUGCCGAAGACAAGAUCUACAUUGCCGCCCUGAUUAAGGAACCGAGCUGGCUCAUGGUGCAGAUUGGCAGUAAUAAUUCCAUAACCACCUUGUUUGCGAGCCAAAUUGGGAUGAAUACCUUUGAGGUACCGUUCAAUGGACAGACGGGAAAUACAACGUUCUCAAUAGUGAGGAAUAGAACAGAAGUCGCGUAUGCUACGGGACCAGCUAUCACGACGAACUGUACCAACGGGGUGAUUAACUGGAACGCAGUUGUUGGGUCGAGUUAG